UUUUAUCUAUUUGUUAAAUGUUUUUAAGUUCAUCUUUAGUUUCCUUAAGCAUAAAUUUAGUAUAAUGGAAUCUGCGUUUGGCUACAUUGAUUUUAAUCAACCAUUGGAUGAAAAUGAUUUAUUAAAACCACCGUCGUCUGGAAUAGAGUAUUUAAAACGCGUUCAAUAUGAAGCUUCAAGAUGCCCUGAGGUUGUUAUAGCAAACAUUCCUAAAUCACUAAUAACACCUGAAUAUGUAGAAUGUAAUCAACGAUCUCAACCAUUAAGUGACGCCCCAAAUCUGAACACUCAGCGAAUGCAAGCUGCUGAUUUUGCUGAAAUGCGUCAGAAAUUAAUUUUUUAUAAAACUCAAACUAGAAAGGUUGUGCCUAUUAGACUCCCUAAAAAACAGAAUCCCCAAACGUGGUGUGCGUUUUGUUUUGGUUUAGAUUUUGUGAAAAAAUGUUAUAAAGGUCGUUUGUCAGAAGACAUUCUUAAUGAUGCAACUCUAGAGACGGGACACGAACCUUUACUAAGUAUAAUAGCUCAGUUUACUCAACCGUUAGCUGUGCAACUUUUAGAGUAUCAGUUGACGUGGUUGGAUUUAUGCGGCUUUUCUACAGAACAAGGUCGAUGGUUAUAUAGUCUAAUGUUAUGUAUUGAUAAACCAACUCCACAAGAUGCUAUGUCUGUAUUAAGAACAAUAGCGCGUAAAUGCUUAAAGAUCAGAAAUUCGUAUAAAGAACAAUCUGAAUUAUUUCCUCAGCUCAAUCUAUUUAUUGUUAUUGUUUCAAAAUAUUUUGGACAAGAAGAUUUGGCACUUUGUUGAAGAUGUAGUAAGAUUUGGCAUUUUGUUGAAUUAAAGUGAAAGUAGUUUUCCUCUUUUA